CUGGUAUAGUCCUUUUAAAAAGGACGUGUGCUACACGACGCUUUUAUGUCCAAAAGGGUUACGUCUGGAUCAGACUUUAAAGAUUGUGGGUUUGAGAUGGAAUGACAUCCUGGCCCAUUGCUGCUGCUGCUGCUAGGGCGAAUAGUUGUUGCCGUGUUGUGUUGUGUCAGGGGACCCAUUUGGCCUGUACGGCUCAAUCCUGCCAUACACUGGUGGGCACUUCAGAACUGUCAGCCACCGAAAACAUUGCAGUUAGUGGAAUUGACCAUUGCUACUGGAGUUGAUUUAAUCAUUGUGUCUAACUCAAAUUCUAAAGAAUGAGGCUGAAGACAUCGCUCUUGAAGGAACCAAAACAUAUCCUUUCAAUUAAUUAAUCUUUGUGAUUUUUGUAGGGGGCAUUAAAUUACAAACAAAAGAGAAAAAAAUUGGAAGAAUGUAUAAAUUCAGUUAAUAUAAGUAAAUUUUGACUUUCAUUUGAAAUUUGAGAUUACAUACACUGUGUGUUUGUAUGUGUGUUCCAGACUAUUAUCAAUAGAUUUAUCAUUUGCAUGUAUGUUUUUUUAAAGUUACCUUAACUAGAGACAGAAUAGAACAAUUUGUGUUGAUUCUUUGUUUUCAAUUUGAUAAUAAAAUAAAUAAAAUGUCACAAUUAAUUCUCCAUUUCAAAUGUGUUAUAGUCCUGUCUAAAUGGUUUGUAGAAGAGUGAGGCAUUUUGUAGAGAACAUUGCCAAGUAUAUAUGAAGUUAAAACAUGGGGAUCUACUGCAUAAAAGAUCCAAGAUCCUCUUUCACCACACUGUCUAAACCAGGCAUUGACCAAGGCACCACAAAUAACAUCUGCGAAUUGAGCCCUGUCAACCCUGCAAAAGAUCUUACAAACAUCUGGGGGCUUGUGGCAGAAUUCAAAGUGUCAUCCCACAGGCAAAUUUCAUCUGAUUUCAAAGACUGGGCGGGUGGAAAAAAGUGUAGAAGCCCAUCGUGGAGCUGUGCUCGCAGGAAGGUGGAAUUAUGAGGGAACUGCUUUGGUAACAGUUGGUGAAGAUGGUCAAAUUAAGAUUUGGUCCAAAACUGGAAUGCUGCGAUCCACAAUGGUACAACAAGGAACUCCAGUAUAUUCAGUAGCAUGGGGUCCAGAUUCUGACAAGAUUCUUUACACUUUGGGAAAACAACUGAUCAUUAAGCCUCUUCAACCAAAUGCCAAAGUCCUUCAGUGGAAAGCACAUGACGGAGUCAUUCUGAAGGUUGAUUGGAAUACGGUGAAUGAUCUCAUCCUUUCCGGUGGUGAGGAUUGUAAAUACAAGGUAUGGGAUAGUUAUGGACGUCUGUUGUAUUGCUCUCAGGCACAUGACUAUCCUAUAACAUCUGUGGCUUGGGCUUCUGAUGGACAACUAUUUGCUGUUGGAUCAUUCAACACUCUUCGUCUAUGUGAUAAAACUGGGUGGUCUUAUGCACUUGAAAAGCCAAAUACAGGAAGUGUAUUCAACAUUGCUUGGUCAGUUGAUGGCACUCAAAUAGCUGGAGCUUGUGGUAAUGGCCAUGUGAUCUUUGCCCAUAUCAUAGAACAGCACUGGGAAUGGAAGAACUUUGAAAUUACAUUGACCAAACGAAGAUCAAUGCAGGUGCGAAAUGUGGUGAAUGAUGCACUUGAUGUUUUAGAAUUCCGUGACCGGGUAAUAAAGGCGUCAUUAUCCCAUGAGCAUUUGGUGGUUGUGACCUCACUGCAGUGUUAUGUGUAUAGUACAAAAAAUUGGAAUACUCCACUGGUGUUUGACUUAAAAGAAGGUACUGUUAGUUUAAUUCUACAGGCAGAGAGACAUUUUCUGCUGCUUGACGGAGCAGGGAUUUAUUUGUAUUCGUAUGAGGGUCGCCUUAUUUCUUCUCCAAAGUUUCCAGGGAUGAGAACUGACAUACUGAGCUCACAGACCAUCUCACUGAGCAACGAUACAAUUGCAGUGAGAGAUAAGACUGAUGAUAAAGUAAUCUAUCUUAUUGAUGCAAUCUCUGGAAAGCCCCUUGGUGAUGGAAAACCUCUUGUUCACAAGAUAGAAGUGAUGGAGGUUGCACUGGAUCAAUUUGGCUCACAAAAUGAAAGAAAAGUUGCCAUCAUCGAUAAAAAUCGAGAUCUGUACAUUGCUUCAGUGCGUAGAUUUGGGAAAGAACAAAAAAUCAUCAAAAUUGGUACAAUGGUGCAUUCUAUAGCUUGGAAUGAUAAGAUCAAUAUAUUAUGUGGGAUGCAGAAUACGCAUUUUGUAGUUUGGUAUUAUCCUAACACAAUCUAUGUGGACAAAGAACUACUGUCCAAAACUAUUUUUGAAAAAGAUGCAAGUGAAUUUGGUAAAAGUCCACAGAUUGUGAACUAUGUGGGAAACCAGGUUACAGUCAGAAGAGCUAAUGGCUCACUGAUAUAUACAAGCAUAUCACCAUAUCCUGCUAUUCUGCAUGAAUAUGUCAGUGCCUCACGAUGGGAUGAUGCUGUUCGCCUGUGUCGUUUUGUUAAGACAACUACACCUGAUGAGGAACAAACAAUGUGGUCAUGCCUUGCUGCCAUGGCAAUUGCACACAAAGAUCUAAUGACAGCGGAGGUUGCUUAUGCAGCAAUUGGCGAGAUUGAUAAAGUGCAGUACAUCAACUUUAUCAAGGAUUUACCCUCAAAAGAGUCACGCAUGGCACACCUGCUGCUACUUACUGGAAAUGUGCAGGAUGCUGAGGGAAUUUUAAUCCAGACGGGCCUUAUUUACCAAGCUAUCCAAGUAAAUAUUAAUCUCUUCAAUUGGGAUAGAGCGCUGGAGCUGGCUGUAAAAUACAAGACCCACGUUGAUACUGUCCUAGCUUACAGGAAGAAAUUUUUGAAGGAUUUCCAAAAAGAAGAAACCAGCAAGAGAUUUUUACAGUAUGCAGAAGGGGUAGAAGUUAAUUGGGAGAAAAUUCAAGCCAAAAUUGAAAUGGAAAUUUCAAAAGAACGAGAGCGUGCAGCCACCAAUACAAAUUUAAAUUCAACUGCAUCCAGGAAUACACAUGUAAACCGGUAAUUUAAGGCUCAGGAUUGACAACUUUAGAUGGACUUUACAUGGACUUUACAUAACAGACCGUUAACGUUAAAGAUUUUCUACCUUUUGUUUAUGGCUGAAGGAAACAUUUGGAAGAUUUUGGGAUUGAAAGUUAAAAUAAAGUUCAGUAAAUUUAUUUUUUAUCACAGUACAAUAAACAAAUAUUUUUCAAGUAAUGUCAUUCAUUUGCUAUUGAAAGUAUAUUUAAUGUACUUUUCAAAUAAUUGUGGUUUUUUCUUCUGUAUUAAAUACAAUGUAGAAUUAAUUUAGUUUGAAAUAAUCAAUUUCAAAGGUUUGUGUUACAGUUCCAAUCACCUUAAUAAAUGUUC